CAGCAGCUAUAGGAGGCCCGUAAUCUGCCAGCACCCUAUGUCAAAAAAUUCUACACACCAGCAUGUGAGGAGACCUGAAAGUGGCACAUGGCAGAGUGUGGCGAUGGAGACAGCAGCAAUGGGAGGCCGUACAGGGACCCAUGAGAGACACUUGGGACCUGGCAGCAGCAUGAGGAGGCGGCCGUAAUCUGCCAGCACCCUAUGUCAAAAAAUUGAACACACCAGCAGUGUGAGGAGACCUGAAAGUGGCACAUGGCAGAGUGUGGCGAUGGAGACAGCAGCAAUGGGAGGCCGUACAGGGACCCAUGACAGACUCUGGACUUGGCAGCAGCAUGA